CUUAAUAAAAUGUCAAAGUUUUUUGAAAGGGUUUUUGUCUGUUGCUCUUCGAGGGAGACGAAGAUGGAGGCGAGUCCGGCUUCGAAGAUGAGGUUGAGUAAGCAUGAGGAUUAUACUAAGACAAUACCUACUAAAAGUAAGAGGAUAGAGAUAGCAGUCAAUCAGAUCGUAGCUGAGUACUUUACAACGAAGAGAAAGACUGAAGAGAUUGAUGACGAUCCUGAUAGAGAUUUUGCAAAGGAAUCUGAUACUAUGAGGAGGCUACUUGGGCCUCGUCAGAGAGCAGCCUCAGAAGCUAUACAAGCUAAACUCUAGAAGGGAGGUAUAGUAAAUAUAAAUGAGCUGACUCCUACUAUUUGGUAGACAGUGAAUGGUGCAAUAGUUGGAAAUAAGUUUUUAAGAGACGAAAUCAGUUAUAUUCCUUCAGCUUAUGUCUCUGACGAUGAGCUUUAUGAAAGAUUAAAUGAAGGAGAAAUCCUUCAACACCGGACCGAUUUCUAUCUCAUCGCAAACAACUCUGAUUGGGAUUUAUUCAUGGAAGACUUUCAGUGAGGAAUAGCUUUAAAAUUCAAACCGGAUUCUAACAAUCAAAUUGAUCCCAAAGAAGUUGAGAAGUUACGAAAGAAGUAUGCAGAAGGGAAUAUACAAAAAGAACAAACGGAGACAAACUCUAAUGCUAUCAACGGAAGAGAAUCACUCCUAAUCCAAAGGAACCAAAGAUACUUGCAAAGGAAGAAUAAGUCCAAAAAUCAAGGAGAUACAGCUCAAAGAAAAGAUAAAAGGUCUUUGAAAGAGAAGACAAGGAAGCACAAUGGCAAUGGUGCUUCAGGCUAUUUUGAUGAAGAAGACACAUAUAAUAAAUCUACUUCAAAUCCUGAUUAUUUGAUAGGAGGAGAACAAUCUAAGCAAAGAGGUGAAGGCGCUUCCUCUGAAGAAGAGAACAAAUUCGUUACACCAAGAGACCAAAGAGGAGUGAGGAAUAAGAACAGAAAUUUAACCCCUAAUGCUCAGUAUGAAGGUGAAUUGAAAUCAUUCGACAAGAAGAAUAAAAAUAGGAGAAGAGACGCAUCUAUGACUCCAGGACCCGGUGAGGCUCACUUUAACAGGACUUAUACAGGAAUGAAUCACUUACUUAUGGAUGGAAAGGGGCGAUCUCUCAGAAAAGCUUCUGAUGAUAGUGGCGAAAACCACAAAGCUGAAGAUAGUAGGGAUAGCCAUCGGUCUGACUCUCCUGACCAAUUUGAUAAAAGAUAUGCUUCCUUAGACUUAUAUAAAAAUGUGGGAUUGAUAAAUCCAAGAAAUGAUUGCUUUAUGAACGCUUCUUUACAGGUUCUCUUUUCUGUUCCAGAAUUCAUAAGAUUCUUUGCACAGAGGGGGUACAACAAGGAGAGACUCUCGAGGGAUAAGUACAUGCUUAGCUCCAAGAAGGACACAAAAGGUAUGGUCCUUUCAGGCUAUAAGUACUGUGAUGCAAUGGGAAACUUAUGUUCUGAAGUAUGUUCUGGAGACUUGGAUAGGCUACGUGCUGGAAAUUUGAGGAACAUGUUCCGCAGGAUGUUCUCAAAGGAUCAUCAGCACGAUUCCAAUGAGUUUAUUCUGAGCUUGUUCAGUAAUUUACAGGAUGAGCAGACACCUAAGAGCUCUAAGUUCAUCUCUGAUAAAUGUAAUGAUGAGAUCGAUGCUUGGGAUAAAUACACAAUGAACUAUAACUCUAUUAUUGAUAAAUUGUUCGUGGGCAUGAUCAGAAGAAGUAUUCGGUGAGGAAGUUGUAAGAAGGUGGUUGAUCGAUAUGAGUGAUUUAACCAGAUUGAACUAGAAUGAAAGCAGGCGACUUUAGAGAAGGCUUAUAAGGACUUUUUGUCAGAUGAAGUCAUGAAAAAGAAACAAAGUUAUAAGUGAGAUGAGUGAAAGAAGGUAGUUAAAUGCAGAAUAAUGCGAGAAGUAAUUAAGAUGCCUCAGUAUCUUUUCUUUCUUUUCAAACGCUUUAACAGUAACAGAUCAAAAAUUUCUAAGAAGAUAAAGUACCCUCAGAACAUUGUUCUGGAAGACAAAAUAGAUGGAGGACCUCUAGAAUAUGAACUCCAGGGUGUUGUUAUUCAUUCUGGAGGACUCAAUGGAGGCCAUUACAUUUCAAUUGCUAAGAAGAGCAGCCAAUGGAUAAAAUUUGACGAUGCUUCUUUUUACAAAAUUAAGAAAAAACAGGUUAUUGACAAAGAUGCCUAUAUCCUUCUAUACAAAAGAAGUUAAUUAAAAGACCCUCUCUCAAUAAA